ACAAACAAAAAAAGAACUAGAAUUCCACACCCUAUUGGAUAUAUUUCCUUUAAAAGGGGGUAUCAAACACAACUAAAUUCAAAGCCAACAAAAUACUAGCACCACCAUGGAUGUUGAGAAAGUCUUCCACAUGACUGGGGGAGUUGGAGAAACUAGCUAUUCAAAAAAUUCUUCACUUCAGAAGAAGGCAUCUGAUAUGGUGAAGCAUGUAAUUCUAGAGACCGUAGAAGAAGUUUGUCUCACAACAAAUCCUAAAAGCAUAGGCAUAGCUGACUUAGGUUGCUCCUCAGGACCAAACACCUUGUCUAACAUUAAAGAAAUCAUUGAAACUGUCCAAAGGACAAGCCGCAAUAACAGCAAGAUCUCCCCACAGGCACCACCCGAAUUUCGAGUUUUCCUUAAUGAUCUUCCCACCAAUGACUUCAAUGCCAUUUUCCAGGCCUUACCUGAACUUCGCCACCAAUUAAACUCUGCUGAACCUUCAAAUAUAUACAUAGCUGCUUAUCCUGGCUCAUUUUAUGGAAGACUUUUUCCGGAUCAUUGCUUGCACUUUAUCUAUUCGUCCUAUAGCUUGCACUGGCUUUCAAGGAUUCCUCCAGGAAUUUUUGAUGAACAAGGAAUGUCCAUGAACAAGGACAACAUAUACAUAUCCGAGAGAAGCCCUCCUCUGGUUUCAGAAGCUUAUUUUGAACAAUUCCAGGAGGACUACUCGUUGUUCCUCCGUUCGCGGUCGGAGGAGCUUGUUAGUGGAGGAAAAAUGGUGCUGAUUCUGUUGGGAAGAGAAGGUCGUCAUCAUGCUGAUAGAGGAAAUUCUUUCUUCUGGAAAAUCCUCUCUAAGUCAUUGUCAAAUUUAGUAAGUAAGGGAGAAGUGGAGAAGGAAAAGCAGGAGUCCUACGAUGUACAUUUUUACGCACCAUGUAAGGAAGAAAUAGAAGAUAUGGUAAACAGAGAAGGGUCUUUUGAAGUGGACCGACUUGAAAUGUUUGAGGUAGAGAAGAAUAUUGUUGGGAGUGGUAUGAGCUAUGGCACAAUUGUGGCUAUGACAGUUAGGGCAAUUCAAGAAUCAAUGAUAGCUCACCAUUUUGGAGAAGCUAUUAUAGAAAGUUUGUUUGAAGAAUAUGGAAGAUUGGUGGACGAAGAGAUGGCAAAGGAGGAAAUUAGGCCUAUCACUUUCCUCCUCGUUCUUACGAAACUAUGACUUGGAUUAUAGUUGAUUUUAGGAUAGUCAAUAUCAAGUCAAUAGGAUUAGAAUGAGUGUGAUAAUAUCAUGUGUAUAUAGUUUAGCUUAUUUGUACAUAUAAAUACAUAAAGUAAGUCGAAAACAAUGAAUUCAAUUAAUCCACGGAUCUCAUUUUAAA